AUGAUCAUUCGAACAAAACCGGUGUCGGGCCCUCCAAAGGUCUUCCUACGCAACUUGUCAACUACAUCUACGACUUCGAUCAAUGGGGUGAAGGUUGAGAAAGACGCGUUGGUUGUUCUCGAGGACUCUGCCGAGAUUUGGCUGGGCUAUCCGGGAGAUAUGAAUGCAGCUGCCUUCAAAUUUAUCGACUUACAUAAACGACGUCCGUUCCUUCGCGAUCAUGUAUACGAGGUCAUCCUUGGGUCUGGCACAUAUGGCGAGGUCCAUAAAGUGCACAAGCGGGGUGCGACGCACCAGAAACUUGCUGUCAAAGUUCUCGAUUAUGGAAGAUCGUUCGGUAGACUGACAGCAGCGCAAGCGCGGUCGGAAAUCGCGACUGUUCAUUCGCUCUUGAAUCACAAUCAUCCUUACAUAGUCCGCCUCUUCAACAUAUACGCUGAUGAAGACCAAGCGUUCAUGCAUCUUUACACUAUGGAGUUCCUCCCACAAGGUGAUCUCUUCGAGGCCCUCGUAGCUCGGGGAGCAAAUUUCGUCGCGAUACCAGAGAUACAGGUUAUCAUGCACCAGCUCCUGACCGCUGUCGAGUUCCUGCAUGAGAAGGGCAUCUCGCACCGGGAUAUCAAGCUCACGAAUAUGCUUGUGAGAUCAAGCUCUCCGUGGUGCAUAGCACUCGCCGACUUUGGCGCAGCAAAGGCGUUCGAUGUUCAUGAGAGGCUCACAUCCUUUGUAGGCACUCGGGCAUACGUCGCGCCUGAGGUCGUACGCAGCAGGGGCGGGCUUCAGGGCAAUUUGGGGCUCGAGCCUUACCGCUUCGUGCAACCCCCGUGUUCCUUCGAGCAGCAUAUCCGAUACCGAUCCCUUGAUUGGGACCGCCUGCUUCAUCGCCGUCUUGAAGACACAGCCCAUGGUCGGAAUGUCCUCGAGAUAGCUCGAGGCCUCCUGGAGGAAAGCCCGGAAGUUCGUCUCAGUCUUCAGGCAGCAUUGAGAUCAAGUUGGCUUUUGGACACACAUGUCGUAUCCCUACGAGACCUCAAGGGAGCUCGCACGCAGCCAGGUUCGCCAAACGUCAGACGGGUCCUUUCCGCCAGGAACCAAGCGGAGGAAGAUUGGGAACGCGCUCUAGAGGCCGCCGCUUAUACGACUUACGACGCCCAUCCUGGAGGCGAGAUGUCGUUCGUAGUGCCCGCCGUCGCCCCAGUCCGCCGUUCUCCAGCCCCAACUCCAGCCCCGACUCCAGCUCCAGCUCCUACUCCAGUCCCUACUCCAGUCCCUACUCCAGCCCCUGCCUCACGCCUAUCGCCACCCAUCCUUAGACGGUCACCGCGUAAUGUGAGGAUCGCAACGGUUGAGCCUGAUGUGCUCGCAAUCCCUCCAUCAAACUGCACAACAGCUAUUCCUCCGAGUCCUGUCGUCGAGGUCAGACGAUCCCCGCGCUUAUCUUCGAAGGCAAGCGACGCAAAUGAUCCCGACGUACGAACGCCAAACAGGGACACUGUGGCCAUUGGCAAGAAGCCGUCAAGGUCGAAGCGUAAGGUGUGA